UAUACUGAUGGCUGGUUUCGUUGCACUUAUUCGUUUUUGUUGGUUUUAAAUGAUUCUGUUCUGUUUUAAUCAGAAAAUUGCUCGGUUAGUCUGGAGAAGUGUCAUUUCUAAUCCCAGUCCUCUCAGUUAUUCAAAUGUAGCUUGCGAUUACCCAAAAAGAUCUGGAUUGUUCACCAGGUAGGGCCCACCAUGCCAAGAAUAGGCUGGUCAAGCCAUCAGAUGGGCCAUACAUGCCUAAAAAAGGAAUGGUAAUGAAAUCAACAGAAGAUCCACACGCGGCCCACCUGAACAGUUGGGCUGAUUUUUGAGCCAUGGUACCAAACACAUUGGCACAGGUAGCAGCGGUAGGAUUCCGAAUCCCAUUCUCUUUAGUCUGAUCAGCAUUUUUGUUUAUUUGCUUUUCAUCUGAUCAGGGAAUUUGAUGUUAUAAAUAGAUGGAAAGUGUGAUUCCUUGAUAGUAAAAAUAGGACUUCCAUGUGCCAUCUGAUCGUGCUUUUUAAAAAUCUCCCACCCUCACAGGCUUCAAAUUUUCAUUUUCUGGAUGUUUUUGCAUUUUCGAGUAAGAAUAUAACUUUGUUGGGCUUUAUUGAUUGAAGUCCCCAUAGAAACAGAAAAGAUCACUGUUUCUUUCUUUCUUUUUUCUUCACAUUGUGGCCGGUGUGAUUUUUAACUGAACGUAUGGAUUCACCUUGCUAGAAAAGUGUCACUGAUUGAUGGAUACUAACCGUCGUAUUGAUGGUCCAAUCUGUGAGAUUUAGAAAAGUGAUGCAUUUACUGUGGGACCCACCCAGUGAAUGGCUCAGAUCAUGAACUAUCAUUCCAUGUGCCCAGUUUGAGGGUAGCACAGCAGAUGAGGAUGGUGCCCUGUGUGGUAUCGACAGAAGCCAGAGCAAUGUACAAUGUGGGUUUGGCGGGGUUGACAUAUUGGAGUCCAAACGUCAAUAUAUUUCGGGACCCGAGAUGGGGGAGAGGGCAAGAGACACCAGGAGAAGACCCUUUGCUUUCUAGCAAAUAUGCAACUGGGUAUGUUCGAGGCCUGCAACAAACAGAUGGUGGCGAUGCGAAUCGGCUCAAGGUUGCUGCUUGCUGUAAGCACUAUACAGCCUACGAUGUGGACGCCUGGAAAGGCGUUGAUCGAUACCACUUCAAUGCCAAGGUCACAAAACAAGACAUGGAUGAUACAUUUCAGCCUCCAUUCAAGAGCUGUGUGAUAGAUGGGAACGUUGCGAGUGUCAUGUGCUCUUACAACCAAGUCAAUGGCAUUCCCACAUGUGCAGACCCCGACCUCUUGGCUGGGACCAUCAGAGGCGAAUGGAAACUCAAUGGAUACAUAGUUUCGGACUGUGAUUCGGUACAAGUGCUUUACAACGACCAGCACUACACAAAAACUCCAGAGGAAGCUGCGGCAAAGUCUAUCUUGGCAGGACUUGAUCUCAACUGCGGAUCGUUCCUUAGCCAACAUACAGAAGCGGCGGUGAAAGGCGGGAAUUUGAUUGAGUCUGCCAUCGACAAAGCGAUCACUAAUAAUUUUGCCGUUCUAAUGCGGCUCGGCUUCUUCGAGGGUGAUCCCAGCAAGCAGCCUUAUGGAAAGCUUGGUCCCAAGGACGUUUGCACUGAGCAAAACCAAGAACUAGCCCGCGAAGCUGCGAGGCAAGGCAUUGUACUGCUCAAAAACACCGAUGGAUCAUUGCCCUUGUCGACCACUGCAAUAAAGACUGUAGCUGUUAUCGGACCAAAUGCCAACGUCACUAAAACGAUGAUUGGGAAUUAUGAAGGGAUUCCAUGCAAAUAUACUACUCCUCUGCAAGGGCUAGCAGCGUCGGUUUCGACGCUCUAUCAACCCGGCUGCCUCAACGUUGGAUGUGCCGGGUCUAGCCUUCAAUUAGAUGAUGCGAAGAAGUCAGCGUCUAUGGCCGAUGCGACGGUCUUGAUCGUGGGGGCCGAUCAGUCGGUGGAAGCGGAGAGCCGCGAUAGGAUCGACCUUCAUCUGCCGGGACAGCAAGAGCUUCUUAUAACUGAGGUCGCAAAUGUAUCCAAGGGACCUGUGAUUCUGGUGAUCAUGUCUGGUGGGCCUAUGGACAUAUCGUUCGCCAAGGCCGAUGAUCGGAUCAGGAGCAUUCUUUGGGUGGGGUACCCCGGCGAAGCUGGAGGGGCUGCAAUCGCUGAUGUGAUUUUCGGUCGGUUCAAUCCAAGUGGAAGGCUCCCCGUGACAUGGUACCCGCAAUCAUUUGCCGACAAGGUCCCGAUGACGAACAUGAACAUGAGACCAGAUCCAGCCACCGGUUACCCAGGCCGCACAUACCGUUUCUACACGGGUGAUACUAUCUACACGUUCGGUGAUGGCCUGAGCUACACUCAGUUCAACCAUCAUCUAGUACAAGCACCUAAGCGAGUCUCGAUCCCACUAGAAGAAGGGCAUGUAUGCCACUCUCAGAGCUGCAAGUCCGUUGAAGUUUUCCAAAGUAGCUGUGAAAACCUUGCAUUUGAGAUUCAUCUAAGGGUCAGAAAUGCUGGGAAGAUGGAUGGAAGUCACACCAUUUUCCUGUUUUCUACACCCCCAUCUGUCCACAAUUCCCCCCAAAAGCAUUUGCUUGGGUUUGAGAAGGUGUUUUUGGGAUCCCAAACGGAACAGCUGGUGAAGCUCCAGGUGGAUGUUUGUAAGGAUUUGAGUGUGGUUGAUGAGCUCGGGAGCCGGAAAGUGGCACUUGGUUUUCAUGUUCUUCAUGUGGGGAGCUUGAAGCAUUCCUUGAGUGUGAGGAUCUGAAGUGGGUCCCCCUCGAGGUGAUGGGAAAUGAAGUGGGCCACACCUAUUGAGAUUGUUGGAAAUAAAUAGGCUUUCAUUGGAAGAAAAAGUGCUUUCAGGGAAAGCUUGUAAGAGAAAAGGUGUAACAAUCUUUUCAAUUGUUUCAGUGGCUGUUGCGAUUUGAAUCGAAAAUUUGAGAUUCAAUGAAAGAAUUGUUUUGGGUUUGGUCUCA